AUGUCGUGCGGACGCAGAGCAGCGGUGGGGCUCUUGAUCCUCGUCACAGCGUCGGCUCAGGCUUUGAAUACGCACACGGAGGAAUACGAGGGCAGGUGUAUCACGAAGCUGUCGAGACUCGUUUUGUAUCGCAAGAGCGAGGGCGGUACUUCAUCGACCGCAGUUAUUAACACCGGCGAGGAGUCAUUCUUCGACCUCCAGCGGAGGAUUGCUAGAUUGGCGGACCAGGCGGCUCGCAAGGAGUAUGAGGACCGCGCGAGAAUGAAUGACCUAGAGCAACAAGUCACCGUCGCCAGAGAGCGGGCUGUGGGUGCCGAACAGCGAGCGCAUGCUGCUGAGCAAAAGGCGGCAGGCUCCGAUGCGGCAAAAGCGGAAUUAGAGGCCAAAUUGUUGGAGGAUAUUGCACAGCACAACCAGCAGGUUGCCGACUACGAGGUGCAGCUCAAGCGGAGCAAGACCGAGUGUCUUGAGCAGUCGCUGCUUACCCAAGAGGCGUGGGCAGAGGCCGUGCACAUGCGCCAGAAUUACGCAGUGCUGAACCGCCGACUCGUACAGGCGGUCGAGCAGAGCGGGCGCGUGUCCACGCUCGCUCACGUGCGCAUCGCAGAGCUCAGUGCGGAGGUUGUCGACGGCUUGAAUAUUGUCCACCAAAUGGGGCAGAGGGCACAGGACUUUAUGCAAGGGAUUAUGGCGGGGCGCCACCUCCUUCGCGCAAAACAUCGCAGGCCAGUGCCCCAUGUUGUAUGUUACGCUCCUAGGAGACGCGCGAGCCCCCGCUAG